AUGUCUUCAGGAGAAGAGGACAUUGGAUACAGCAAGAAGCGCAAGCUUCAGCGUGCUUGCGACCACUGCAGACGCAAGAAAAGUGACGGUCCUCAGAUGCCGAAUAAUCGUUGCAGCAGGUGUGUGACGCGCAACAUGGAUUGUACCUACGACGAAGUGAUGCAGGUGAGUACUAUUUUCUCAGGAUUGAUAUCUCACACUCAGAGCACGCUGUCAAAAAGCUAUGUCGAAGGCUUGGAGAAUCGGCUAGAGCGUGUCGAAGCGCUCCUGAAUAAGGUGUGCAGGCAGCAGCUGAGUUCAUGUGCUCUAGCCCGAACUAACGCUGGACGCAGCUCAGCUUCCAAGACACCCACGUUAGAGAUAUCCGAGGCGCUGAGAAACAUGCCGAGUAUCAGUACUCCAUAUGGCGAUACGGGAGGGCAGAGCAGCGACGACGAACACGGGCAAGGCGGUCUUACCGAGGCCUACUACAAGCGCCUCCUGUCCGAUGUCCCCUCAUAUCGGUUCCACGGCAAGUCUAGCACCCUCGUUCUCAUACACCACGCUAUGCAUAUGAAGUUCAAGCUCAUGGGACCGGGACCUGCUCCUGGCGAACCGGGGUAUCAGCCAAUUGGCCAGUAUCAUCGCCAUCCAGUGUGUUCAUCAUUACCUCUCGUAAAUCCGGUUGUUCUAAUACUUCCCCAGAAGGAUCUCCUCGACACGCUCGUUGAUGCGUAUUUUCGAGAGGUCAACAACUUAAACCCGGUUCUACAUGAACCCAGCUUCAAACGCUCCGUUCUCCAAGGGCUUCAUCUGCGCAGGGGAGGAUUCGGUGCCGUUGUUUUGUUGGUCUGCGCCAACGCUGGGCGUUUUGUAGACGAUCCGCGUGUCCUUGUUCCAGGGACGACGGAGCUCGCUUCUGCCGGAUGGGCCUGGUACGACAAAGUGGAUCGAGUGUGGCUGCUCCCAGUUGCACCCGUUGAGCUCCACGACAUCCAGAUUCAUGCACUCAUGGCUGCCUUCCUUUGGUCAACGGCGGCGCCACAGGCUGCAUGUCCUGUUAUCAGCUCUGGCAUUCGUCUCGCGAUUGAUAUUGGCGCUAACCGCAAGAUGAUGUACAGCAGCCCUCCGACCCUUGAAGAGGAGCUGUACAAGCGCGCGUUCUGGUGUCUCGUCGCUCAAGAUUGGAUGGUGGCAUACGGCCUCGGCAGGCCUCCAACUAUCCAUGAUGAGGACAUCGACGUCGGCCUUCCGAUGGAAUGCGACGAUGAGUAUUGGCUCGAUGACUUAGGAAAACCAUCUUUCAAGCAGCCCGAUGGAAAGCCCUCGAAGAUCACCGCCUUCAACUGCUAUAUUCGACUCAGUCAAAUCCUGCUCUUUGCCGUAAGAACAAUCUACGCCGUCACAAAGGUCAGAAUGCAAGCGACCCGUGCAGAUCCCAACUGGGAACAACGGGUGGUCGCCGAGCUCGACUCAUCGCUCAACAAAUGGGUCGAUUCUCUUCCCGCACAUCUUCGCUGGGAUCCGGAGCGCACCGAUACAGUAUUCCUCACCCAGUCCGGCUUGCUUUUUGCGCAUUACUACCACUCUCAGAUCGCCGUGCACCGCCCAUUCAUGAGCCCAACGACGAACGGGGCUCCACGAUCGUUUCCCUCCCACAUUAUCUGCAUGAACGCGGCGAGGUCUGCCCUCCACGUACUUGAUAUGGUCCAUCAGAGGACAGGAAAGAUACCCUAUACAUGUGUUGGCCACGUUACAAUGGCCGGGACCGUACUCAUGAUCAACAUUUGGAUGGAACGCAUGUCUGAUCGACGAAUCGCCGGGAGCAGCCGCGAUCUCGUUUCCGUGCAGAAGUGCGUCGAGCUUCUCGAUCAUCUCAAACAUGUGUAUGUCAUUCUGUGUCCUCGAGUCCAGCAUCCGGAUCACUUACGCCUUGAUAUGAUCAGUGCAAGAGCAGCGGAGAUCAUACGGUAA